UGGGCAGUGACGUCACCGCGCCCUGACGUCAGACCGACGUGCAGCGCGGUCGCCCGGGAGACCGGGGAAGCCGUUUCCACACCCUGAGGAGUCCCGGGCUAGCGUGUUUUCCUGCAGUACGUCGGGGGAAUCAUGGAUCGUCACAUUCCCAUGCACGCGUUACCGGAAGAAAUCCAAAAGAUGUCUCCUGAAGAAACAGUUUGUAAAUACUGUGGCGUCAGCUACCUAAUACUUCAUGAAUUUAAGGCUAUGGAAGAAAAACUGAAAGCAGUGGAAGAAGAAAUGAAAUUUUAUCAAGGAAGUGUAGAGCGAGAAAAGAGACUUCAGGAAAAGCUUCAGUCUCUUAGCCAGGAGUUUGACAAGUACAAAACUGACAGUGAAUCCAAAAACAAAAGAGUUCAAGAUGCAAGCAUGAAGUUAAAAAAGCAGCAAAAUGAAUUUCAGAGAAUACAGAAAGAAUUAGACCAUCAACAAAAUGAGCUAAAAAUUAAGCAAAAACAAUCCCAAGUCUUCAGUCAAAGAUUGUCAGAAUACAGAUACUUCUGGAAUAAGACCCUUUUGUUACUUACUUUUACUAAAAGGGAACUAACCAGUAUUAAACAUGAAGUAUGUGAUAAUUUUCAAAACUGGACUUCACUGAAAGGGGAAGUUUUUCUGCAGAUGAAAUCUCUGAGUGACGCAGCCUUGGCAGAAAUAGAUAUGUUAAAUAAAAGUCUGACAGUUUCCCAGAGAAAUAAGGUGUGCCUGGAAGAGGAAAUGAAAAAUCUCAAACUCUUGUCGGAUGCAGCCAUCUUGAAGUCUCAGGAGAUGCAGGCGUCCAAACAGCACGAAGUAAGCUUGCAAGCCAGGUGCUAUGAUCUGCAGAAGGAAGCCCUAGUGUGGGAGUUCCUUUCAGUCCUGACCGGUACAGUAGACCUUUGCAUUUGUGGGCUCUCCUGGUUCCUUGUUCCUUCAUCUUCUGAUGGACUGGACAUUUGGGCCAUUUCCACCUCUUCCCCAUUGCACCUGAAGCUGUGGAGAAGGAAAAAGUCUAAUGACGCUGAUAACUGUCAAAGAGAACUUAGAAAACUGAAGUUCGAGUCUGUCAUUUCUGAGUCAAGGCACAGCAGGCUACUCAAAGAGAAAGAAGACUCCUUACUGACUUGUCAGCAACUAUAUAAAACUCUACAGGAAGAGCUGACCACCAAAGAAAGGCAAGGGGAAGAUCUAAAAAGAAGGAUCAACCUUGCGGAAAAUGAGCUAGAAAUGACUAAAACUCUCCUGCAUCGGACACAGGAAGAAAUUUUAACUCUGAAAAAUGAAAGGGAAUUGAUGCUGGCUGCCCAUCAGAAGAGCAUCGAGCAGAUGCAGGAAACCCUGAGACAGAAGCUGCUGAGCGACGAGAGCUGGAGAGAGAAGAUUGAAGCUGAGCUCACCAAAGAAAGAGCCCGGCAUCUCAUUGAGUUCCAAGAGCAAGCUCUUCUCUUUAAGGAAGAAGCUAGACUGGAACUUGACAUUGAGAAAGAAAAGCACCAGGAAGUAAUUCAGAAGUAUCAGCAAGAACAGGAGGACCUGCAGAAGAAGAUAGCUGACUUAAUCGCAGGCGCUACAAAAGACCUGCAGCUCGAAGUGGCCUCUCUCCAAGAAAAGCUCCACGAAUCCCACACACGAUAUACUGAGGAAUCCGAGUCCAAGAGGAAAGAGAUCGAAGACCUGAAGAGUCUGGUUGCAGAAUUCGAGUGUCGCUUGAAGCAGGAAGCCAGCCGCGAUGACUCAGUUUCAGAAGACUUGAAGAAGGAAAUGAAACAGAAGUCAGACGAGCUGGAAAGAGUAAUGCUGGCCCAAACGCAGCUGCUGCAGCAGUUCAGCCAGUCCCAGGAAGAGAACACUUUUCUCCAGGAAACGGUGCGGAGAGAGUGUGAAGAACGCUUUGAACUGACAGAGGCUUUGAGUCAAGCCAGAGAACAGCUCCUGGAGCUCAGGAGUGGAGGAAGCUUACGGUGUUCCCUCAACAAGGGCACCCUAACCUACCCUGCCACAGCAGUCAGCAAUCACCGCCAACAAAGCAGUGCGAGGCAGAACUGUGGACGAGGCACCAACCCGCCCAGCCUGCACAGACUGCCAAAACCCACAGCUUCCCUAAGCCCAGAUAAGCUCAAGAAGGUCAGCAGCUCCGGACUGCCCGCCCUUCCCCAGUCACAUCCUCCCAGGGGCAGAGCAUCUUCGGUGACUGAGACCCGGAGGAGGUUGAGCGCCAUCCUUAGCCGGAGGCUGAGUCAGCAGUGACGACCAGGAGCCAGGAGCAGUUCCGUCCACGGUGUACACAGCCUUUCACAGACUGCCAGAUGCUCGCUGUAACCGGGUGCCCGGAAACGUAACAUAU